AUGAAGAAAUUGGUUGUGGAGAUUGCUGAUAUUUCUGCCGUUUCGAAAACAACAAUGGAGAAAUUGAUGUUGGAAAUUUCUCAGUUCUUUAACACCCUAAAGAUAAUCCUAGAGAAUUUGAUGGAAGAAAUCGCUGGCGUUAGUUCAGUUUCGAAAGCAACCGUUAACACUUUGACAGUGGAAUUCUCGAGUAUUUCAUCUGUUUCGCAGAAAUCUGUGGAUAAACUAGCGGAGGAUCUAUCUGGAUUAAUUCACGCCUUGAAUUGUUGUAUAUGGAGUGUGGCUGUGGCGAUUCUUAUUUGUGCAUUCGCAUACGUCUAUAAGGUGGGUGUGUGUGUGUGUGCUCGAUGUGCGAUUGCAUCGCCAUAUUCACUCGUUCAACGAUUAAUCUGUUAG